GCAGAAAUUGUGUCUACUGCUAGUCACUAGUCAAACCUAAAAAGUCAUAACAAAAGAAUUCGAUCAUAUCAACCAUGGGAUUUGUAACCGUACUAGCCGUAGCUUAUUUUAUAAAUUCAAAUUUGUAGUGUUAAUAGAGUGAACAUAAUAGCCUGUUUAAAAAAAUUUACCAUCUUACUAGAUUUAUUAACUUUUGUUUUAGGCAUGUUGUUUAAUAAGUUACAUAAGUCAGGAUACUUAGGUUAUCAGUGGGUUCAUUUGAAAGUUAACAUAUUUAAUAGUUUUUCAUUAUGUUUCGGGAUAUAUGCUCAGCUAAAUCUAGCUCGAGAAAUAUGCUCUUCUAAGAACUUAACCAAUCAAAUCAAUAAUCAUCACUCUGGGAGGGUUAGAAGGGUAGACUUUGUUCCCAAACACCAGCCUGUAACUAGAGAUCAACUUUCUAUCAUCGACAACUUCUUCACAAGGAACCGAAGAAUUCUAGUGAUAACCGGUGCUGGCGUGUCGACAGAAAGCGGCAUUCCCGACUACCGCUCAGAAGGAGUCGGUCUUUUUGCCCGAAGCAGCACAAAACCUGUCCAGUAUCAAGAGUUUCUUAAGUAUCCCAAUGUUAGGAAGCGAUAUUGGGCAAGGAAUUUUGUUGGCUGGCCAAACUUUUCCUCAGUUGAACCUAAUAACAAUCAUAUAAUAUUGAAAAAAUUAGAAGAUGUUGAAAAAGUGCAGAGAAUAAUAACCCAAAAUGUAGAUAACUUACAUGGCAAAGCUGGAAGUACUGAAGUGAUCGAACUGCAUGGGACAGCUUUUAAAGUAAUAUGUUUGAGUUGUGAUUAUUCUAUAGAUAGGCACAAUUUUCAACAGGUUUUGUCGGACAGUAAUCAGGAAAUAGUAAUAGCCCCACAAUCAAUCAGGCCGGAUGGAGACAUUGAACUUCCCCAAGAAUUUGUGGAAGAUUUCAAAACACCAUCUUGUCCUAAAUGCGGAGGGAUUUUGAAACCAGAUAUAAUAUUUUUUGGAGACAAUGUUCCGAAAAAUAGAGUCGACGAAAUCAACAAUGAGGUGGACAAAUGUGACGCAAUUUUAGUCUUGGGAUCUUCUCUCUCUACAUAUUCUGGCUAUAGGAUAAUAUUACGUGCAAAAGAACAAGACAAGGAAAUAGGGGUGAUCAACAUUGGUCCUACAAGAGCAGACGAACAAGCCGAGUUUAGGAUAAGUGCUAAGUGCAGUGAUAUUCUACUACAAUAUGUGACAAUAAGUGGAAUAUUAAACAACAAAUAAAGGCUUUAACAAUUUAUUUAUAAUAAAUAAAAGCUACAUUUCCUGUAGAUAUAUUAUUAACAUCCUUCAUUAAUCAUAUUUUAA